AGAACCAGAUUGCAGAGCAAGUGAAGCGAACGUUUUAAUUACAAGAAAUAUGCAAGGAACCCAAGUGCUGUGUCUACUCCUAGCCACCUUUGGCUUGGCCAGUUGCCGCUUUGUGGUGCGUCGUGAUGUGAGCCACCUUCCGCUGGAGUACUUGCCUCCAGUGGUGUUGCCACCUGUUCCAAGUCGCGAUUAUCUGCCACCAGUGGAGCAGCAUGCAGCCACUCUGAACCAUGUGCUACAGCCACCCCGUGAUUAUCUGCCCCCAUUGCCCAACAAUGAGUACCUGCCGCCUGUCGUUGAAGAGGAGACCACCACCGAGGUGAUAAUUCCCGAGGAAACCACCACGCUGGAGCCCACCACAGAGGCUGUCACCGAGCCAUUGCCGGAAGUGGAAGUUAUCACAGAGCCCGAGGAGGAUGUGGUGCCCAAGACCCUGGAGCAUGUGGAGGAGGCACCCAAGGAGGAGAAGGAAGUGGAGUCUGCAAUUCUCUUGGACGAUGGCUAUCACUACCGCACGCCCUCGGUGGUGCCUGAUUUGCUGCCCGUGAAGGAGUAUCUUCCUCCCCUAGAUGGAAAUGCUGUCGUUGAGGAGCUGCCCAAUGGCGAUGAGGACUCUUCAGCCCUGUUGGAUGAUGGCUACCACUAUCGCUCCGUGAAGCGACUCCGCUUCUAG